AUUCCUGCUCUGGGCCAUCGACGAGAUAUAGGUCUAUGUCAUUGUUCGUUUAGUGAACUGAGAUUUGUAAUCCUAACUGGGUACGUUGCUUGUUAUGCAGUUGUUGCAAAAGCAUUUAGCUUCAAAGAUUUUUUUCUUUUAUACUCUGUACUGUUUAACCGCCAAUCUCCUAAAGAUAUCAAGGAAGAGGUUUGAUGAUGGAUCGCCCUACAAGAGUAUUAAGACCGCGUGUUAGUGGCAGGGUCUACAAACAUGACGUGGACAAGACGAUGGACAAGGAGAAUAGAGCAAGACAAGUUACAAGGAAGAGGGUGACUGUAGCCAAACAUGCCAAAGGACAAGUUUGGAGAGAGCGAAAAAGGGUCAAAUCAAAUGGAGUGCCGACAGUGCAAAUCAGCGAUGAUGAUAUGGCCUUCCUGAUGCGACAGAAAAAUGUCGACAAGUUCUUUGACCCGUCUGUGCAAGAUUACGACUACCAUGAGGAUAUUGUUGCAUAUCUAAAGGAGAGAGAAACAUUGCUUGAUAUGAGCAGAGAAGCGAGUCGAUCUUCCGUACAGCCGUUACAUCGUGAAGUAUUAAUAGAUUGGCUUACAGAUGUACAAGCUCAUCUUGAACUUGAGAAUGCAACAUUACACUUGGCAAUUGCCUUGAUAGAUGCAUACGCAAUGGAGCGGAUUAUCUCUGUACAUUCGCUUCAGCUCGUAGGAAUCACAUGUCUGUUUGUAGCCUCAAAGUACGAGGAUGUGUACGUUCCCAGUGUGUCUACUCUUUGUAUGUUGUGUGCCAGUUGCUACAAAGAGAGUGAUUUACUGAAGAUGGAACCACGGAUAUUACGCACUUUGGAAUACAGUCUCUUUUUCCCCACCGCUGUUGAUUUUCUGCCUCUUUUUUUCACCCUUGCUGAUAUUGAGAAUGAGACGCUGGUCUUCAUGUGUAACUACCUGGUGGAUCUUACCCUACCAUUGCUCCAUUCCAUGGACUCCCGUCCAUCAAUUUGGGCCGCCGCUGCUAUCUUCUUAUCCCUCACAAUUCGAAGAUCCCAUCACCUAUCUAACAAUGAGCAGAAGAAUCCAUUCAGAAUGAAUAACUGUGGAGUAUGGAGUUUACGUCUGCAGACAGUGACAAGGUAUGGUGAACUAUCCAUGACCAACGUAGCAAGAAAAAUAGUGGAAAAGGUCCUUGAAUCAAAGACUGCAAAGCUUCAGGCACCAUAUAAGAAACAUAACAAGGAAAGUUUCCAGUUCAUCAGUGAGGAGAUAUUUCAAUGGUGCUCUGAUCCGGCAAACCUUAUCUCUAACAACCUUGAACCGCUACCCUAAAUAGGUAACACCAGUUAAACAGCACAACUACCCAGGACACUGCUUUCACUCAUUUUCUUUCUCAAAAUUUUACUUUUUUCCAGAGGAAAUUCGAUGAUAUUUAAAUAUUAGAGAUAAAGGUAUGCAUUACACCUUUUCAGAAUCCUCAAAAUUAAGAGUGUUUCGGUAUACAUUACAUAUAAUAUAGUACACAGACGGGACACAGACUCUCCUUUCUACAGAUCUAUAUAUAGACUAUUACAGUCUAAGAAAAGAGCACUAAUUAAUAUUUAGUUAUGCCCCCAAAAUGACUUUUCUGCAAUUAGCUUAAAAGAAGCACAGAAUUCUGUAUUGGAAGCAUAAUCCUGGGUUGUUUCAACUGGUGUUUUCAUCAAGUGGCCUACCUGACUGAAACUAUAAAAAAAAUCUUUAAAAAAAAUGAAUGUAUAUCUUGCCAGAGCAAAGAUGAUAUAUUUUUCAUACAUAUAUAUAUUUAUAUUUAUCUAUAUUCAUAUUUAUUUCAUUUAUAUUAGUAUUUGAAUUCAUUAAGUGCUCUUUGCUAUCUUUGUGGUAUUUAUGUAAUUCAAUGUAUAUUUAGGUUAUGUGAGUGAAAUAAGUGAAAAAACAGAAUCAAGAUAAACCGAAUUUAGGUUGAAUAUAUCAUCUGUGCUGGUCGUAGCGACAUUGCGAUGAAAACUUAAAAAAAAUGGAGUAAAUGUAUUGUAAUAUACUUCUCAGAAUUAUUUUUCAUUUGAACAAAAGUGUUAAGUACUGCAAUCAAGUAUAAAGUAUAAGUGAAGAAUUUAAUUGGAAAUUCUGAUUAUUCACCCCCUUUUGUAUUGCAUUGUAUAAAACUGAAAAGUAAAUAAAAUAAAACAAGAAAAUGAUACAUGAAACUGCCAUUAUGAUGCCAAGAUUUUCUGGUCUUAAUUUAGCUUCUUGAACUUAUCUUAAAAAUCAAUGAAACAAUGCACAGUCGAUAACAUAUGAAUGUCUGUUUCAAUUUUUUUCAACAAAAAAGAUGUUUCCAGUUUUAAUUUUAUGCAGACAUUUAGCACCUAUUUACUACAAGUGAGCACAUUUAUAUUUAUUUGUUUUUAAGAAUGUAAAAAAUAGGUAAUUAGGGCAUUUUUAAAUAAAUAUUUCAACUAUUUAUAAUAUAUUGUAAUUACAGGGAUACUUCAGACUGAAAGUAAUGAUUUAAACAGAUAAGUAAAAACAACGAAAAUUUUUAUCAAAAUCAGACAAAGAAUAACAACAUUAUGGCAUUAAAAAACUUUUCGUUACUUCAGUGAAAUUGUUCUAUGCAUGCCUUCAUGAAUAUGCAAUGAAUUUGAUGUCAUAUCUCCACUUGUUCUUUUGUAUUUUAUGAUAUGAAUUUAUUUUUUUCUUCAAAUUUUGUUCCCCAAGAAUGUAAAAAUAGGAUUGAAUUGAUUGAAUUAAUGUGCAAAAUGAUCAUUGCUGCAACCUAAUUU